UCCUACAUCACCUUCACAGGACCUUUUGCAGAGCUCGAACACUGUCCAAUCUGUGGCACAGAAUGUUAUGACACCAUCAAGCUGCGGGUGAGUGGAGGGUGGACUUAUGUAGCUUGCCAGAAAUUCAUCACUAUACCCCUCAGCAUGCAGCUUCAAGCUCUUUGGCGCGACCCUGAACAUGCCCAGAAGAUGUCUUAUCUCUCUGACAAGACAGAGUGUUUGAUAAAUGAGCUACGCACCAAUGGAAGUGUCUUCAAUGAGAUUGAUGACUUCAUCAUGGGUAUGGACUAUAUACACGCUGUCCAACAUGGA